GACAACACUGGCUUAAUUAUUAUUAGUCACCCCACCUGUUCGGCAGAGCGUAUCUCCCUAAAACCGACAAAUGUAUUCAUCGCUUUUAUUACUACCAUACCGCGUCCACGCGUUUACCAUAUCGCAUACCAUUGCGCGUAUUGUAGUACAAGUGACAUAUAUUUCGUGCAAUAUUGUUUACAAAUAAACAUGAAGAAAUUUGCAAGUGCCAAAGUACUGUUUGGAUUUUUUAAUACAAUAUUUUUCGCAUGUGGUUUCGUCAAAGUAGUAUGCGGUUUUCUACUACUCUGCGACACGCGAAGGAUUCUUCUAUCCCGCUUGCUCGCGAUGCCGGAAGAAGGCUUAGAAGAGCCACCGUUCUACUACGUCGCGCUCGGCCUUCUGAUUGCCGGUAUCACAGUUUGUGCUGUGGCUGCCAUUGGUGUGUGGGCUACGUACUUGCCGGGAUAUGUUAUUUUAACUAUUUAUUUCCUCGUAGUGCUGGGCCUGUUGAUGUGCGAGUGCGCGGCGGGCGUGGUGUCGGCCGUGUGGCCGCGCUGCUACGGCAUCCAGGGCACGCGCGGCGGCGCGGUGGGCGCGCUGCAGAGCUACUACGCUGUGCCUGACUUUGAGCACUUUACCGCCGCCUUGGACUUAGCGCAGACUGAGUUGCAGUGUUGUGGCAUGACGAGUGCGCGCAACUACGACAUGUCUCUAUGGCAGCUGCGGCGGCUCGGGCCGCGCGGCGUGGCCGUGCCGCCCAGCUGCUGCGUGCAGGCGCUCGCCGAGCGCUCCUACCUCAGCCCCGCGCCGCUCAACGCGUCGCGCUGCCAGGACGUCACGCCCAACGCGCAGUUCAGACACGUGCCCGGUUGCCUGACUAAACUCGAAGAUUGGUAUCAGCAACAGUACUUCAUAUUCAUGAUCUCGUUGUUCGUAGUCGCCAUUUUCAAACUGGCUAUAUUGUUAAGUACUGUGUAUUCGUGUAUUCGACUGAGGAAGAGCAGACAAGAGAUCCAUACGUUUAUGAUAAAAGGUCUGGGCAAUAAGGCGAACGAGAAUAUCUACGAACGCAACCUGAGCAGUUUGCACGAUGAGCCUAUAACUGCGAAAUACAUACAGCCAAAUAACUUCUAUAGUCCCCGCGUUCGGAACCCGCGGAUCUUUCACAGCAAACCCAAUGAGAUGGUAUGAGAAUUAGCCGCGGAGAUAAAUGCUUUAGAGAGAAGACUGGAACGAUUCUCGGAUAUCCUACACAAACAUCAGGCAGACUCUAUUAUGUGGUAACGUUUAUUGUGGGUAAUUUUAAUGGCUUGCACAGACACUGAGGAAUGUCCCUUAUUCGUCAGGGUACUUUUUGACCGUUUUAAUAGAUCACUUACAACUGCAUCGAAUAAUGCAUAAGAGGUACUAAAAGUCCCCCGAAUAGCCCAGGCAAUAGACCGGACCGCACAAAAGCGGGGAGUCUAAUCCUUUCACGAUUCCUAUCCUUCAAAAGCACUAUAGUACUAUAGGAGCUCCCAUAGUACUUAAAGGGUCGGAAUCGUUCGUGUUCGAACAACCAAAUUUCUUAGGAAAACCCAUGUAAAGUGAGCGCGACCUUGUUUGCGGUUGAUUUAUGAUUUAUAUGGUAGUGAGUGAUUUCCUGAAGGUCGCAAGCUCGAAUGUUUUAUAGUAAUAGAAAUCAGAUAUACAAACAACUCAAGAUAAUAUUAUGUA